AUGGAGAACGGGCUCGGGUGCGCCGCGCUGGGCAGCAAGGAUGUGCGAGUUCGCGAGGGGGGAGGGGUAGAAGGACACCGAAAAGAAGCCUCCUACCCCACAUUAGGCAAGUAUACUUUAGUUUUAAGAAUAAUAAUGAUUAUUUGUAAAACGAAACGAAUGGUUUGUUUAUUGCAACUCGAUUGUCCAGCGCGAUUCAAAAAAGUGGAUGUCAGUGCAAAGGAAAUUCCGCGGCUGGGUGUGCGUGCGCGUUCUCAUGUAGGACUAAAGUUGCGUGCGGGGGCGAGUAGCCUUGAGCGAAAGGGACGCGGCGCCGUCGCCGCCGCGCCGCCUUCCCAGGACGUCGGGCAAACCGCUAGCGGAGCUACGGAGCAUCCAGAAACAGCGGAGUUGGCAGUCUACACAGCUGAGCGAGUAGACUACACAGCGGAGCGGGCAGUCUACACAGCUGAGCGAGCAGACUUCACAUCGGAGCGGGCAGUCUACACAGCUGAGCGAGUAGACUUCACAGCGGAGCGGGCAGUCUACACAGCUGAGCGAGCAGACUUCACAGCGGAGCGGGCAGUCUACACAGCGGAGCGGGCAGUCUACACGGCGGAGCGGGCAGUCUACACAGAGAAGUCACAUUCAGAGAAGACCCUUGGUUAUUUUUCUUUCCAGGAUUUAGGCUAUGAGAGAAGGAAUCAGUCUGUGAAGCUACACCCUGCCUGCAGUAGGUACGAACAACAAAGUUGCGAGUUGACUUGCAAGCCAGCGGAAGUGAGGAUGUCGCUGGCCGUGCGGCGCGCGGGCUCAGGCGGAGGGCGGGCAGCGCGCGGGCGUGCUCGCGUGCCGGGCGGGCAGCGUGCGCGGGCGCCGCGGGAUCGAUGCGGGCGCGGGCAGGCCGGGGCGGGCCGUGGGCAGGGCGCAGCGGCCAUUCGCUUGCGGCACGCCCCGCCCCCGGGCCCGCCCGCGCGCCCCGCCGAGCGCGCCUCGAACACCGCGCUCAGUGUUUCGCGAGUCGUCGCCCGCGGUGCAUGCGUCGCGUGCUUCAUACUCUACGCGUUACGUUGCAGAUGCGAGUUCGCCGCCGCUAGAAGCAUGCCGGCCGAGGAGGAACCCGCGGCGAUGGACGGCCGGGAAGCCGCCGACGGCUCGCCCCAGCAGUUCUGCCUGCGCUGGAACAACUACCAGGCCAAUCUGGCCAACUGCUUCGACCAGCUGCUGCAGACCGAGUCCUUCGUGGACGUGACGCUCGCCUGCGAGGGCCGCAGCCUGAAGGCGCAUAAGGUCGUGCUCUCCGCGUGCAGCCCCUACUUCCAGACGCUCUUCAUGGAGAACCCGUGUAGGCAUCCGAUCAUAAUAAUGCGCGACAUCAAGUACUGCGACCUGAAGGCGGUGGUGGAUUUCAUGUACCGUGGAGAGAUAAACGUGUCGCAGGACCAGAUCGCGGCGCUGCUCAAGGUCGCUGAGACGCUGAAGAUAAGGGGUUUGACGGACGUGAGCGGAGACCACGCGGUGCUGCGCGCUGGAGGCAUGGAGGCCCGCGCCGCCAAGAGGCCCGGCAGCCGCGAGGCCGAGUCCCCAGGCAAGGCCCGCCGCCGCUCGGGGGAUGGUUCCAGCCCGCGCACGUCGCCCGCCGACCUGCUGCACGCGCCGCCCGACCCCGCGGCGCCCGCGCUGCACGCCGACGACGUGGACAUCCGCCCCGGCAUCGCCGAGAUGAUCCGCGAGGAGGAACGGGCCAAAUUGCUUGAAAAUUCUCACGCUUGGCUCGGUGCCUCCACAUCGUCGAUCGCAGCAGAUAGCUACCAGUACCAGCUGCAGUCUAUGUGGCAGAAAUGCUGGAACACCAACCAGAGCAUUGUGCACAAUCUGAGGUUCCGCGAGCGUGGGCCCUUGAAGUCCUGGCGCCCGGAGACUAUGGCUGAGGCUAUAUUCUCUGUUCUGAAGGAGGGGCUGUCCCUCUCUCAGGCUGCACGAAAAUAUGACAUUCCGUACCCAACCUUUGUGCUGUAUGCAAACAGGGUGCAUAACAUGUUGGGACCCAGCGCCGAUGGCGGUGCAGAUUUAAGACCCAAAGGUCGCGGGCGGCCUCAGCGCAUCCUGUUGGGCGUGUGGCCGGACGAGCACAUCCGCGGAGUCAUCCGCGCCGUCGUGUUCCGCGACUCGCACGCCGCACACGCUGCGCACGCCGUGCACGCCUCGCACCACAUCAAGGAGGAGGUGCUCCCCGUCUAUCCUGCCAUCACGGAUGGUAUGACUCCGGUACCGAAUGUUUACCCCGUGCCGUGCGGCAACGGGCGCGACGGCGGCGUGUCCCCCAACGCCGCUGCCGCCGCUGCCGUGGCCGCCGUGGCGCACGGCCUGCGCCGCCAGAUGUGCAACAUGGUGGUGGCCGCGCAGAGACCACCCGACCAUCAGACACAUCUCGGCUUGCCACCGAUGCCACUGCAGUCCCCGCGCCUGCCGUCGCCGCUCACCGCCGGCCUGGAGUCCCCGCUGUGCUCUCCGCCGCCGCCCGGCCACGCUCUCGAGCCGCCAAAGCCCGCCGACCCAUUCCGACCCUUCGCCUCGCCAAGACCUGACAGCCGCUACAGUGAACGCGACGUCGUCGCUGAGAUCACCGACAUGGGCCCACCCAAGACCCCGGUAUCGAUGAGCAAGAACGGCAAGGAGAUGUCGAUGCCCGUGAAGAUGGAGCUGCCUCCAGCAGAGGCCCGCGCUGAGAACAUCUGAAGCGAGGCCGCGGGCGCGGCGCCGGUGCACGCCCCGGUGGGCGUUCCCCCGCCGCUGCCCGCUUACCCGUACUUCGUCCCCAACCGCAACUCCAUCGGCUACUUCUAAGCCGGCGGCGCGGGACGGGCACCGGCGAGGCGACGCGGCCGCGCGACACCGCACGCCUAGCCAAGUGCCACAAGUAUUUAAUCAUUCAUUAUGAUUUUAUCGGCAUUACUUUAUUAUAUUUAACUAAUUAUUAUUUAAAGUGGACUCGCUGUGCAAUACGUUGCUUGUUGUUUAGUUACGAA